CUGCACUCCCCAAUGUCCUAUGCCACUGACCGAUCUGCUCCCCAAGCUUCUGGUAGGGCUGGGAUGUUCUGUCGACAAGACGAAUGGGUGUUGAGAGUGACUGCUACGUGGUCGUCGUUUGCGGGUGACACGUCACGUGCACGGAGGUACGCAGACUUUGGUACGGUACCUUGGAGUUGGUUUGUUUUUCUUGCCUGCUACACAUGCCAUGCCUGUCGACAGGGACGCCCCAUGCCUGGCUUGUGUUUGCACAAGAUAGCAUGGGUUCCCCAUACCAGCUAUACACAUGUCAGGCUGUAA